AUGGCCGCAGAGUCGAGCUUCGGCGAACUAACGAAGCAGUGGGAGAGUCUCAGAAGCAGUGAUGAGGCUCGCCAUAGUUUGGUUGAGGACUUGUUUGAAAAGUUGAAGCUUUCGCACAGCGACAACGAAGGACUGCGUGAAGAGAUCGACACCCUAAAGUUCCAUGAGCGUAACUUCGUACGAAAGAUCAAGGAAGCCGAAGAGGAGAACAAGAAGCUGUCUACUCGCCUGAGGUCAAUCGAACAGGAGAGCCCGUUCUUGUUGGUCCUAAUAGAUGGAGAUAACACGCAUUUCAACGAUGAGUUCGUGAGAGAUGGUGCUGGCGGCGGUUACAGAGCUGCUCAGAGGCUUCACGAGGCCAUCACUUCUCACGCGUUAGACUUACAGAGCGGGAGCCAGUGCAAGAUUGUUGUUCGCAUCUACACAAACAUGUUUCGUUUGUGUGGUGCGUAUGAAAAGUCCGCCGGCUCAAUUAGCGCUCAAUUGGUCCGAGCCUUCAUUGGCGGCUUCAAUCGUGAACUGCCUCUGGCGGAGUUCAUCGAUGUUAGGAACGAUAAGGAGGCAGCCGAUCACAAAAUCAGAGAGAAUCUGACCUUGUAUUGGUCCAACCAGCACUGCAAACACAUUAUGCUGGCUGCGUCUGCAGACAGAGGCUAUGUCAGCUUCCUGCGUCAGUUCAGCACCGCUUCAGUAAAUGAGAGACUUACUCUCGUCGAAUCCAUUCCGUUUCCCGGAGACUUCCAAGCACUGGCAGCUCGUUUCAAGCAGAUCGAAUUCCCAGACAUCUUCCGGAAAGACAAGAUCGUCUGCACCCCUCAGUAUGGGUCAAUCAAUGGCGCAAAUUAUGCAGCGGCCGCGGCCAGUGCUUCGCAGACGCAACCCUCACCUCCAUCCACUGUGGUCACUUCCCAGAACCAGAUUGGUACAUCGACCCAAAAUGCACCGCCGCUGCGGUUCAACCAGAGUGGACAACGUAUCGACCCAAAAUUGGAGCGGUGCGACAAGACUCUGGCGCAAGAGUUGAGCUCUCGAAACUUAUGUGGUAGGCAUUUCCUCACCCGCUGCACGCCCUUGGAAGCGCACUGCCCGUACAAGAAGAGCCACGACGGCGAGCUGUCUGCGACGAUGAGGCAUUGUCCAUCGGCUCGUUUCUCUUUCUUGUAUCUCUUCUUCUGCCUCCUCGCAUCCGUCCAAGCCGCCGGAAGCGACAUCAUCCGCGGGCAUGCCAACAGCUACCCAACCCAUAAGUUCGUCUCCUCCAAACUCAAGGCCCCCAUAAUCGACUUCCAAGUACGCAGCCCAGCGUGUAACGAUGGCGGCUCCUACUUCAUUACACCGCGAGGCUGGAAGGUCCCCUCGCCCGGGCCGAUGAUCCUCGAUGGCGAUGGGAAUCUUAUUUGGACCGACCAUUUCUCGAAUAAGUUUGGUGGCCAGGCUUAUGAUCUUGGGGUGCAGAGGUAUAAGGGCGAGGAGUAUUUGAUGUUUUGGUUGGGGGAUGAUAGGGUUAGGGGGCAUGGGGCUGGUCAUUAUUAUAUGCUCAAUUCAUCCUACGAUAUGGUUCAUAAAGUUGGCGCUGCGAAUGGGAGAUUCGCAGACUUGCAUGAGUUCUUCAUUAACCCGGACAACACCGCGCUUCUGAUCAUCUUCGAGCCGAUUCAAGCGGAUGUGCGGCCGGUUGGACGCAAGUUCAGCGAUGUCUGGAACCAGGCUGCCUACGACUGCCUUUUCCAAGAAGUGAACAUCGAGACUGGAGAGGCGAUCUUCGAGUGGCGAGCUUCUGAACACGUCAAUAUGACCCAUGCGUAUAACAGAAUUGAGGGUCUUGAUCAAGGGACCAGAGAGAAGCCGUUCGAUUUCAUCCACUUGAACUCAGUGGACAAGGACGAAUCUGGCAACUAUCUCAUCUCUGGCAGGAAUCUGCAUGCGAUUCUUUACGUCGAUGGCAAGACCGGAGAGGUACUCUGGACCCUGGGAGGCAAAGGAAACGACUUUAAGGACCUAUCUUCUGGACAUGUGAUCAACAUGGCGUGGCAGCACGAUGCCAGAUUUGUGCCUGCUUCGGCUUUUCGGAAGACUUAUUCUCCUCCGUCAAAGAAGAAGGGCACGGUGACUCGUCUGAUGACCAUCUUCGACAACGCAGCAUUGGAUUGGAACUACAAGUAUGGACCAGGGUAUUCACGGGCCAUGCUGGUGGAGGUGACAUUUCCAACUUCAAAGAGGUCGAAGAGAACUCUGGAAGAGAGUCAUCACGUGGAUCCACGUGCGGACGAUGGACUGAGCGAGAAGGACACUGCCAAAGUGAUGGAAAUCAACGGCAAGGACGAAGCUUACACGGUCCGCAUUGUUCGAGAGUUCAUCCAUCCGAAGCAUGUCCAGUCGUCCACUCAAGGAUCUGUACAGGUUCUCCCUCAAGGAAAGAAAGAAGACUCCAGGCUCCUUGUUGGAUAUGGCAUCAACUCAGUCAUGACCGAGUUCGCCGGCAAUGGCACAGUUCUCUGCGACAUGCACUUUGGCAGUCCUGAUUCUUGGGAAACAGGCAACGUCCAAAGCUAUCGAGCUUACAAGUUUCCUUGGGCUGGACGGCCUCAACAUGCGCCUUCGGUAGCAGUCCAAAGGGAUGUUGCGUAUAUAAGCUGGAACGGAGCUACAGACGUUCAAGAAUGGCUUCUUCAGGUAUCGAAUCAGCUGGAUGACGAAUGGACUGAGAUUGUCAAAGUGGCCAAGACUGGAUUUGAGACUGCCAUACCGUUAAAGACGGCAGAGUAUCAGGCUUCUGGACGAUACAUCCGCUUGCUUGCAAUUGAUGCGGCUGGUCGGAUCCUCGAGAAUGGCGUGAGCUCAAUCGCGGACCGCAGCUUUUUCGGCAAAGUACCUGGACUGGGUCACUUGCGAAUCGACCACGCAAGGCCAUCGCUGCUCAAUCUCGGGGCUGUUUGUUUGGCCUCUGUUGUUGUGGUGGCCCUGUUCAUUCGUCUGCUUCACCGGCGGCGCUCUAUGAGUCGUGCAAAAGGUGGUCAUGCAGAUUGA